AUUUUAACCAACAUCAAACAUGGAAAGUCGCAUCUGCAAGAAGUGUACGAUUUGUGGAGUUCGUAGACUCCCUAAAUCGAGCAUAUUUCUUGCAAAAUUUCCUCUCGACCCUGAACGAUGCCGAUUAUGGGUGAAAGCAUCGGGCAUUGAAGAUUUAGUUAAUGUGCCUAUUGAAAAGUUGCAUCAGCUUAAGUUUAUCUGUGGUGCCCACUUUGCCCGUCAAUGCUUCAAUGCAAAAGGGAACCGGUUGUUAGCCAGUGCAGUGCCAACCGAAGGUCUCAUAAGAACCCCUUUGUCUGAUGACCUAUUUACUGAGUUUCCUUUACAUAUUAAAUCAUAUUAUGAUAAAAUUGAUUUUGCUGGAAAACAUACAGAUAAACUUAUGUCUACUACAGAAAUGAUAAACAUUCAGAACAUAUCAGUUGAAACAAGCAAUGCAAUAAAUGAGACAGAGACACAUAUUUAUCAAGGUGGACCAGUGCUUACCAACAUCCAUAAAACAUAUGGUACUGAUAAUUUUGUACCUUCAACAUCGAAAACUCCUGCACACUUGACAUAUAAAAGAAAAGGAGUAGAAAUGUAUCCUAUUGCGGACGAUGGAAUUUCGGUUCAGAACAUUGUAUCACCAAAGAAAUGCAAGACUGAUAUAAUGGCCGGGAAACAAAUGAGCUCUAAAGAAAUUUUCGACCUGGAAGAUAAGCACGGAUGCCGAAACUACGCGCCUGUUCCCGUCGCGCUGUGUAGAGGAGAAGGUCCAUUCGUUUGGGAUGUAGAGGGAAAGAGGUAUUUUGACUUUUUGAGCGCAUACUCAGCAGUCAACCAGGGUCACUGCCAUCCCAGAUUAAUCAAGGUGCUGAAAGAGCAGGCGGAAAAAUUGACGCUGGUAUCCAGAGCAUUCUACUCCGACCAGCUGGGUAAAUACGAGAAGUUCAUGACGGAGUUGCUGGGCUACGACCGUCUUCUGCCCAUGAACACCGGCGUGGAGGGCGGAGAGAGUGCCUGCAAGAUCGCCCGGAAGUGGGGAUACGAUGUCAAAAAGAUACCGAACAACCAGGCGAAGAUUAUCUUCGCUGAAGGCAACUUCUGGGGUCGAACACUGUCGGCGGUGUCCUCAUCCACUGACCCCGCGUGCUACGACGGAUUCGGCCCCUACAUGCCGUGCUUCGAAAUCGUGCCUUAUAAUGAUAUCCCAGCGUUAGAGAAAACUCUGCGAGAUCCUAACGUGGCGGCUUACAUGGUAGAGCCCAUCCAGGGUGAGGCGGGAGUCGUGAUACCGGACGACGGCUACCUCCGCCGCGUGAGAGAGCUCUGCACGAAAUACAACGUGCUGUGGAUCGCUGACGAGGUGCAGACUGGCUUGGGUCGCACGGGCAAGCUGCUGGCGGUGGAGCACGAGGGGGUCAAGCCGGACAUCCUCAUCCUCGGCAAGGCGCUGAGCGGCGGCAUGUUGCCCGUCUCCGCCGUGCUCGCCAACAACGACGUCAUGGAUGUGAUAAAGCCGGGCACCCACGGGUCGACGUACGGCGGCAACCCGCUCGCCUGCGCCGUCGCCACUGAGGCUAUCAAGGUACUACUAGAAGAGAAGUUGUGCGAGAAAGCCGAGAAGCUGUGCGGCGUGUUCCGCGCCGAGCUCGAGAAAAUCCCCAAAACCAUGAUUACGGCGAUACGCGGCCGCGGACUGAUGUUCGCUGUUGAUGUUCACGACAGUAUACCAGCGUACGACGUGUGUUUAAGACUGAAAGACGCUGGUCUGCUGGCGAAGACCACGCACGGUCAGACCAUCCGCUUCGCACCACCCCUCGUCAUAACGGAAGACCAGCUGAGAGAGGGAGCUAACAUCAUUCAGAAAGUGUUCCAGAGCUUUAAGCAAUAAUGACCCUUGUUAUACUUACGUGUGUAUGAGAGAUAAUAAAAUAUUGUAUGUACAGUAA